UCCAAAUUGCCAAUUCUUUCCACAAAAUAUCAGGAUAAGAAAGCAUCUGCACCACAAAUUAAUUUCCAUUUCCAAAUGGUUGCCCACAGUUGAACCCUCACGAUGAUACCAAUUUCCAAGUAUAUAUUUUCUCUUGUUUUUCCUUUGUUUCAUCCUGACUGACGAUAAAAGUUGAGUUGAUAUAUUGAUUCAACUCCUAAUCCUAAUUAAUCAAACUCAAUGGAAUCUGAAAGAGUUUGAUUAGUUAGCAGCAGAAUUAGUCGAGGUGUGUGCAAGCAGAUUCUGGCGUUCAGUUAUCAAAAAUAACAAGAUCGAGAGUAUGAUGUAUAACUUGAUGAUCUUGAUCAUCAGCUGAAAGCAAAUUCAGAACAAAUUAAGGAGAAGCAGAUGCUGCAGGUUGUGGGAGUUAAUUGUGGACCAAAUUUGAUUGAGCAGCUAAAGAACCUCAAGAAUGGGGUUUCAGCUAGAGUUAUCAUCUUCUCCGUUAUCCUCUUAACCGGUGCCUUCAUAUCCAUUCAUUGGAGUGAUGUUUCUAUCACAGGUGCUUCCUUUCUAAACACAUUCAUGCCAACCACGAGGUCUGGUACAUCUCAGGUGAAAAUAAACUGCAACAUUACCACAUGCCCAGCACAUGAUCAAGUGACAAACAAAACCUUUGGUUCAUCAGCUGAGGAAUGUCCAGAGUACUUCAAGUGGAUCCACGAAGAUCUACGUCCAUGGAAGGACACUGGAAUAACAUUGGAAAUGGUGGAAAGUGCUGAUAAACUAGCAUACAUACGAAUUGUUGUAGUGAAAGGAAGAGUUUAUCUAAAAAAGUUCAAGUGGGUUUUCCAAACAAGAGAUGUGUUCAAUAUUUGGGGCAUUUUGCAGUUGCUAAGGUUGUACCCUGGGGAGUUACCGGAUUUGGAUAUUAUGUUCGAGUGCGGGGACAUGCCAGUGAUAAAAAAGAGUGCCUAUAAAGGAUCAGAAGCAGCUAAAAUUCCUCCAAUGUUUCAUUACUGUGGGAGCGAUUCAACUUUCGACAUAACCUUUCCUGAUUGGUCCUUUUGGGGCUGGCCGGAGCUCCAGAUAAAGCCAUGGGAAAACCUUGAGAAGGAGCUACAGGAAGGCAACUAUAAAGUCAAGUGGAAGGAUAGGGUGCCCUAUGCUUACUGGAAAGGAAACAUAUGGACUGGUCGAGUCAGACAAGAUCUUCUCAAAUGCAAUGUCAGUAAGAAACAGGAUUCGGGUGCUCUGAUUUACCACGUGGAUUGGCGACAUGAGGAGCAAAAGAAGUUUAAGAAUACUAAUUUAGCAAGCCAAUGCAAUCACAGAUAUAAGAUUUAUGCUGAGGGAAAUGCAUGGUCUGUCAGCGAAAAAUAUAUUCUAGCAUGUGAUUCUAUGAGUCUCCUGAUAACACCCCAUUACUAUGAUUUCUUUACAAGAAGUUUAAUCCCUACUAUCCACUACUGGCCGGUUAGUGAGAAAGACAAGUGCAGAUCCAUCACGUUUGCAGUUAAUUGGGGAAACAACCACACACAAGAGGCACAAGAAAUUGGAAAGGCAGGGAGCAAAUUCCUUCAAGAGGAGCUAAAAAUGAAGCAUGUAUAUGACUACAUGUUUCAUCUGUUGUACAGAUAUGGAAAGCUUUUGAAAUAUCAACCAACUAUACCCGAGGGAGCUGCGGAAAUGUGUUUAGAAUCAAUGGCAUGCGGUGGAAGAGGAUUGGAGAAGACGUACAUGUUCGACUCCAUGGUGAAGGGUCCCUCAGAUUCGAGCCCGUGCAUCAUGCCUGAACCCUUUGAUUCUACUACUCUACAAGCUUUUAUUGAGCGAAAAGCAAACCUAACAAAGCAAGUUGAGGAGUGGGAAGUAGGUGAAACUAAGUGAGAAAUUUAUAAAUAUGUGAACAUGGAUGCAUUCAAUUCUCAAAAUAAAUAUGAUAAAAAACAGAAAUUGUACAAAGAAUUUCGUGGUUGUGGCAUCUUUCAAAUUCUGAGCUACAAUGUGUUUUGAGUUCAAAUCAUUCUAUACGCUAAAAAUCAUAAAGUUCAUUAUAGAAUCUUUGUUUGUAGACCA